GGUCCGAGCGGGUGUGAGGAACACAUAGCAAUCGCAUCCCCCUCCCGGCCCCAGGAUGGCCCUUCCCACGGGCAGGCACGCGUAGCAGUCAAAGAUGGCCCCAGACAUGUGGCUCCUCUCUACGAUCAUCGGAUUGCUGACAGCAGCCCUCUCAGGUCACCCGGCUCUAACUCCAUCUGACCAGCCCAACACCAGCAGUGCAGAGAGCCUGCCCUUUGAGCCAGGACAGCGGCUGGGGGUCCGUCUGGUGAACGGGAGCAGCCGCUGCAGUGGGGCGGUGGAGGUCUGGCUCGGGCUGUCCUGGGAGCCGGCCUGCGGGGCACUCUGGGACAGCCUGGCCUCCGAGGCCGUGUGUGGCGCGCUGGGCUGCGGCGGGGCCUGGGAAGCCACCCAGCUCACCUUGCCGUCCCUGGAGCUGACGCCUGGGCCCGGCGCCCGGAACACCAGUGAAGCCACCAACGCCACGCUGGCCCUGGCGCCCACCGUCCUGUGCAGAAGUGCCGAGUGGCAGCUCUGCAAAGUGGUGGAGCACGCGUGCGACACCAACGGGAGGCCGGCCAAGGUCACCUGCGCAGAGAACCGCGACGUGCGGCUGGUGGGCAGCAGUAGUCGGUGCGCAGGCCGCGUGGAGAUGCUAGAGCAAGGCCGGUGGGGUUCGGUGUGCGACGACACGUGGGACCUGGAGGAUUCGCACGUGGUGUGCCGGCAGCUGAACUGCGGCUGGGCGGUUCAGGCCCUGCCCGGCUUGCACUUCGCCCCUGGCCAAGGACCCAUCCACCGGGACCAGGUGAACUGCUCAGGGGACGAGACCUACCUGUGGGACUGCCCGGGGCUGCCAGGAGACGGGUACUGCGGCCACAAGGAGGACGCCGGCGUGGUGUGCUCAGAGCACCAGUCCUGGCGCCUGACUGGGGGCCGUGACCCCUGCGAGGGGCAGGUGGAGGUCCAUUUCCGUGGGGUCUGGAGCACAGUGUGUAACAGUGAGUGGUACGCGCCGGAGGCCCGUGUGCUCUGCCAGGCCUUGGGCUGUGGGACCAUGGUCAGAAUACCGGGCGGGCUGCCCCACUCCCUGCCGGGCAGAAUGUACUACUCGUGCACAGGAGAGGAGCCCACCCUCUCCGACUGUGCCUGGCGGUUCAACAACUCCAACCUCUGCAGCCAGUCGAGCGCAGCCCAAGUCCUCUGCUCAGGCUCCCGGAGUCUGCUCAAUCUGUCCACUCCUGAAGUCCCUGCAAGUGUUCAGCCGGUCACUGUAGAAUCUUCUGUGACCAUGAAAACGGAGGACUGGAAAUCACGGGAACUAAUGCUCCUCAUCUUGUGCGUCAUUCUGGGGAUUCUCCUCCUUGGCUUACUCAUCUUCAUAGCCUUCAUCCUCUUGAAAGUUAAAGGAAAAUACGCCCUCCCUGUGACGGUGAACAACCAGCACCCACUCACCACCACCCAAGAAGGGAUCAAUAGCUAUCAAGAUGUUCCCAUCACCAUUCCCAAAGAAGUUCCCAAGCUGCCCAUCCAGGUCCAGGCCCCACUCCCCAAGGACUCGGACUCCAGCUCGGACUCAGACUAUGAGCACUAUGACUUCAGCGCCCAGCCUCCCGUGGCCCUGACCACCUUCUACAAUUCUCAGCGGCACCGCGUCACGGAUGAGGAGGUCCGGCAGAACAGGUUCCAGAUGCCCCCCCUGGAGGAAGGACUUGAAGAGACGCAUGCUUCCCAGAUCCCACCUGUCAGCGCUGGGCAUUACACGGCGGACGCCCCCUCCCUGGGCUCUCAGAACCACCCCAGGAGCAACAGUGGGUCCAGCACCUCCUCUGGGGAAGAUUACUGCAAUAGCCCCAGAAGCAAGCUACCUCCGUGGACCCCUCAGGUGUUUUCUACAGAGAGGAGCCCCCUCUUGGAGCUGGAUGGCUCCCAAGGUACUUUUUCAGCAGGGCCCUCGGCCGAUGACAGCUCUAGCACCUCAUCCGGGGAGUGGUACCAGAACUUCCAGCCGCCGCCCCAGCCCCCCUCGAUGGAGCAGUUUGAGUGUCCAGGGUCCCCCACCCGGCAGCCUGAUUCCCUUGACAGCGAGGACUACGAUGACAUCGGAGCAGCCUAGGCUGGGCCCAGCGAGGCCCCAGGCGGCUCCUUUCUGCUGGUCUCCUGCUCUCCCUGCCCACUGCUCUCCCACCCCGCCCUCCCACAUCCUCCCCCAGGUGGCUGACAGGCCUUCCCUGGAGAGAUGCGGGGGAAAGCCCUCACCCUGCACUCACCGCUCAGUCUCCAUCCUUCAGAGAGAGCCUGCUGGCACAGCCCUCCCUCAGCCCCAAACAGCCCCAAGGUGGAGGGCCCUGCCUCUGAGAGGUAGUGAGCUCUCGGGCUCAGGGAUGGGCAAGCAGCCUGGGCCACGUUUCAGCAGGCUGCAAGGAGGGGUUGAACGGAAUGCGUCCUAAGGCCCCUUCUGUGCUUUGGUUCCCUGAGUCUCAGCUCAGGGCCCGGAGGUACUGAGAGAGCAGAAAGGGGCCCCAUCCCAGUGCUGCCCACGUGUAGGGGCUGCUGAGCUGCUGUGGCUUUGACAGGUGGAUUCUGGGGCUGGGGGUGACACACCCACCGACCCAGGUUGGCGACCACCCGGGCACAGAGUCCAGCCUUCCUAGGAACAGCCAGCUGACAGCAAGCAGGACGACUGCCCCUCCCCCACGACCGAGGGGCUGGGGCCUCGGCCAGCGCUGCCUCUAGAGACCCUGGAGCCCACCAGGGCACAGCCCUGUUCUGCAGGGACUGUCCCUGGACAGAAGAUCCUUAUUCUGAGCUUCCUAUGGCUUACAAAGAUGGCCCUAGCCCAGCUUCCCCAAAGACUCAGAGUUGGGCCCCAGGCCCCGUGGGAGCAGACGUGUGCACAGAGAUGUCUGCCGGGAGGGGCCCAGAGGCUGCACUAAGCCCUGCGUGCCCAUCUGUCUGCUUGGAUUGCUGGGAGCUUCCCUGAGGAGCACAUGAAUAUGCGGCGUGUCACCCGGAGCCACGGACACGUCCAGGUGGCCUCCAGAGAGAGGCCAGAGGGCUCGGAGCCAGCUACUGGUGUCCUGGUCUGAGUGUCCUGAGAUUAAAGUAAUUGCUGAAUAAAAUCGGGGCAUAGAGUGACAAGUCCUUGAGCUUUUACAGUGC